GAAUGCUGUGAGCAGCGAUGGUUCUUGAGCAGAGCCAGGGAGCCUCUGUGCCACUCAGUCUGCUGCUAUGCCUGUGGCUCCUGACUCCUUCCUCUCCUGUCCUCUCUCAAUGGACAGACCUUAAAGCUUCAACUGCAGUGUGGAAGAAGGAGCUGCAGAACCACACUCUGCAGCAUACAGUGUACUGCCAGAAUUGGAGUCCCAACAAAGGAUUCUCAGAGACCUAUGAUGGGGAGCAGCUUUUCUCCUUUGACUUUGCUCAGAACACACAUGUGCCUCGUUUGCCUGAAUUUGCCGACUGGGCCCAGAAGUCUGAAGACACUUCCAGCAUUUUAUUUGAACAAUCCUUAUGCAUGUUUCUGAUAGAGCAAAUAGGCCCACUAGCAGAAGGAAAUAUACCAGUUUCUAGAGGUAUCCCGAUUGUUAAUGUGUUCACAAUGACACCCCUGGAGUUUGGCAAGCCCAAUACAUUGAUCUGUCAUGUCAGCAAUCUCUUCCCACCUGCAUUGACGUUGAAGUGGAUGCAUGAUUUUGCCCCAGUAGAAGGAGCUGGACCCACUAUUGUGUCAGCUGUUGAUGGACUCAGCUUCCAGGCCUUUUCAUAUUUAAACAUCACACCAGCAUCCUCUGACAUUUACUCCUGCGUUGUGACUCACGAGAUUGAUGAGUACACAGGAAUUGCCUAUUGGGUGCCCCAUGAUGCGCUGCCCUCAGAUCUUCUGGAGAAUGUGCUGUGUGGUAUGGCCUUCACCCUGGGUGUUGUGGGUAUCAUUCUUGGAUUGGUCCUCAUUGCCUACACCAGAAAGCCUUGCUCAGGGAUUGCCUCUGAUGACUUCUUCCAUCCUCUCUCUCCUCAGGCUGAUUCAUCCCGACCCAAGUCCAGUGCCAUCUAA